AUGCCACGAUCAAGAAGCGCAUCAUCCUCUGCCUCGCGACGCUCUCGUUCGCCUCGCUCCGACCGUGAAAAUAGUAGUGAACGACCGAACGAAUUUCGUGUACAUGUUGCCGAACUAGCUCCUGGUGUCGAUGUCAGUGAAAUACGUAAACUAUUUCAACGAUUUGGUACGAUUCUCGACGUCUGGGUCGCUAGUGCAUCAUGCUUCGCAUUUGUGGUUUUUAAAUAUAAAGAAGACGCACAGAAAGCUAUCGAUCAAACGGAUGGAAGAUUAUUUGGGGAUAGUCGAUUAAAAGUUACAUGGGCACGACCAAGAGCUCGACAUCGUUCGAACCGACACGAUCCAAACAUGCGAUGUUAUCAGUGUGGACAACGCGGACAUUUCAGUCGCGAAUGCGAUGGUCAAAUGACAGAAGCACGUUCAUCACGUCGCCGAACUGAUGAUCGUAGUCGGCAUUCAGCAUCAAGCUAUGAUCGCCGUCCGAGGUCACGUUCACCACUACCACCACCGUCGUCAUUACAACCGCCGAGCUAUUUUCGAUAUGGAUUUCCAAUGCAUCCAUCGUUGUCGCGACGAUACGAUCCAUACUUUGAUGGAUAUUUCCCACCGAUGGAUCGAUUGAAUGCACCAGAUACCAUCGUAAUCAAAUCUAGCAGACCUAUAUUCUUUUCUUUUCUUCUUAUUCAAAAAGACUUUUUAAGACAAAUCCUAUUGAUGAACGUGAUAUUUGGUGUUUUCUCUCAGCUCGUUCAAAUUCGACUAUUGUAUUGUAUUCUCCCGUUUAAACAAUCUUAUAGACAUAGCAUGUCAGCAAGCACAGAAACAAGUGAGAUUGCUGAUUUUUACAAAAACAAAUCAGUGUUUAUCACUGGUGCAACUGGCUUCAUUGGAAAACAAUUGGUCGAAAAACUAGUUCGAUCAUGUCCAGAUGUCGAACAUAUUUACCUUCUCAUAAGACCAAAGCGAGGCCACGAUGUCGCUGAUCGUCUCAGAGAAUUACUGUCGAGCACGUUAUUUGAUCUUGUGCGAUCGACAAAUCCGAAUUUCGAACAAAAAAUUAUCGCUGUGCAGGGUGAUAUACUCGAUCCAAAUUUUGGUUUAAAUGCAUCGGACGAAAGUACACUGAUUGAAAAUUGUCAUAUUGUCUUCCAUUCAGCUGCAACUGUCCGUUUUCAUGAACCGCUUCGUCUGGCGAUUCAGAUGAAUGUUGCAUCAGUGAAGAAAUUGCUUGUUUUAUGUCAUAAAAUGAAAAAACUACAAUCUGUUGUUCACGUAUCGACAGCUUAUGCUAAUUGCAACCGUAAUGAUAUAGCCGAAAUGGUAUACCCACCACCGAUUCAACCAUCGAAACUAUUAGAUGCUAGUGAAUGGAUGGAUGAUCAAGUGUUCGAUGUUCUAACUACGAAGCUCAUUAAUGAUCGACCGAAUACAUAUACAUUCACGAAAGCACUUGCUGAAUAUGUCAUAUCUCAAGAAGGUAACGAUUUACCAUUGGCUAUUAUACGUCCAUCAAUUGUUGGAUCAUCAUGGCGCGAACCGAUGCCGGGUUGGAUUGAUAAUUAUAACGGUCCAAGUGGAAUGAUUGUUGCAACUGGCAAAGGUAUGCUUCGAACAAUGUUAGGAAGUUUGUCAUCUAUAGCAGAUAUCGUUCCUGUCGAUGUUUGUGUAAACAUGAUGAUAGCUGUCGGUUGGUAUAGAGCAAUAAAAAAUUCGAAAACUAUUCCAGUGUAUCAUUGCUGUACUGGUCAUUUGGGUUCAUUAACAUGGGGUAACAUAACGCAAAUCGGUCUACGCCAUCUUGAUACCAUAUGUAUGGAGAAUGCAAUUACAUUUCCACAUUUAACAUUUACUCCUAAUCGAUUUCGUUAUCAUUAUCAACGCUUUUUACAAGAAGUAUUCCCAGCGUUUUUACUCGAUUGUUACAUGCGAUUAAUUGGUCGAAAACCAAUUUUCUUGAGAUUAUGCGAUAAAAUCUAUAAAAGCGUACGAACGUUGAAUUUCUUUACAAUGCGAUCGUGGACAUUUCCAUUAGAUAAUAGCAUUAGUCUCCGGAAUGAAAUGACUGAAACUGAUCAAAAAACUUUCAAUUUUGAUGUGAAAGAUCUCGAUUGGACUCAGUAUUGGUACAACUAUUGUCUAGGCGCGAAACAAUACCUGCUUCGAGAAGAUCUGGCUCAUAUGUCGAAAUGUCGUCAACGCAACCAACGAUUGAAACGUAUACAAAAUUUAUUAUGGUAUACGGCUGUUGGUUUAAUCAUCAAACUGGUCUUUUUUCGAUCCGUUCGAAUUCACCGAAUGAUUUUGAUUCCACUUCGUUUUAUCUUUUCAAUACUUUCAAUUAUUGCCAAGAAGUUUUCAAUGAAUACAAAAUAA